UGUGGCUUGUUCCUGGUGGCCUCCCAUGCCUUCUACAAAUUCCAUGCAAUUUUAACAAUUCUCUGAAGUGGAGCGCCAGAUUAUCUUUUUUCCAUCAGGAGCUGGAAUCGUGUCGUUCGGGAUCAUUUGAUCAAGGGUUUCAUUUUCCAGUGGUUGUCCCAGAGAGAAGGUGUGACAAUGUGGAGGCAGCUGGGGCCAGUACCAUGACCCUGCCUACACCAUGCACCAGGUGUUGGGUGAGCCGCAGGACGCAGAUCCCCGCGGCAGGGCUGUGUACCAGGCCAGAUUAUACCUGGAGCAGAUCAGGAGCCAAGUCUCCGCAAGCAGGCAGGACGUCAAGCUGACCAUGGCCAAGCGGGAUUACCUGGUGGACGCUGCCAAACAGAUCCGCAUGGCGCUGGACCGGGAGAUCAGUGAAGACUAUGAGGCUGCGUUUAACUACUACAAGAACGGGGUUGACCUCUUGUUAAAGGGGGUGCAAGUCGACCCGAACAAGGAGCGCAGGGAAGCAGUGAAACGGAAGACCACCCAGUACCUGAAACGAGCCGAGGAAAUCUUCAACUUGCACCUGCAGGGGAGUCUGGGCAGUGCAGACUCCAAAUCCAGGAGUCAGGGAUUCAGUAGCCUGAGGUUUCAACCAGUCCGAACCCUCAGCUCACCCGUGGAAGACCUGAAGAUGUACAAGGUCACCGGGGUCAUUGACAAGGUGCUCAUGGUGCAGAACCCAACCACAAAGGAGGUGUUUGUUGUCAAAAUCCUCCCCAAGUCUAGCUGGAAAAGCCGUGAGUACCAGACCAUAAUUCCCCAGGGCGUGCCGUUUAUGGUGCGGCUUCUGAGAUACUCCGUCAGUGAGGAUUCAGUCUUCCUUCACCUGGAACACAUACAAGGUGUGAGACUCUUUUCUCAGAUUCACAAAGCCAGCGCUGAGAGGGUGAAAGAGUACCCUAAGUGCUGCAGUCCCUCUCGCAGAAAGAUUAAGCUGAAGAACAGCUACACCGCACCAACUCUGAGGUUUGAUUUUGAGGAAAGCAACAGAACACCACCAAACAAAAUGACCGGAAUUACAGAGGACUUGGUGCACUGUUCUGACACAGAACCCCAGACAGAAGGCCAGUCGGAGGGCUUCAACGCUGGAGAUGCUGGGUGUCUGCUCUGCAGCAAGCAUAAUGAAAUGAAUGAGCACUCGCAACACUGUCUUUGCUCGGAAUGCUAUACUGGAAUGGUAAUGAAGACUGAUUUUAUACCAGCAAACAGCAAAGUACAAUUCCUUAGGAACCAGAGUAACCUGUUAGAAUCUCAGGAAUAUAUUGCCCACCAACCAGAUGUGAACACCAGAGACAAACCUGAUGGGGCACCUAAAGUUGCUCCAAGCAAUCUGAUAAGCACUGAAUCUUGUAUUGAAUUUAAUAAAUACAAGACUGUAAAUAGUAACCAUUUGGCAAAUGAAGUACCUCAGACAACUGAAACAUCAGUACAAAACUCUGGUUCUGAGGCAGCCUGUGAAAGCCAGUUGGUGUGUGAGAGCGUGACACUGAAACUGGAGGAGGAUUUCUCUGACCCCCCAGUGCAAACUUGGAUGGAAAGUGGCCGCGGUGCGUUGGCCACUGAAGGCACUUCCAAAGGCUCUAGUACAGCCAGGAGGCCUGGUGCAGUAGCUGGCCAAUACCUCACAGUGCAUGAUGAGGAGGGGGGAGAGGACUUGAGUAACACUGCUGCCAACCAACAGAAAAGGACAGAAGGGAGUAUUGAACGCUUGGCACCUAUCAGAGUAGAUUCUUCUAAUGUGGAUUCAGCAGGCAUAAUGAUAGGUGCGUCCUCAGGGAACGGGCAGGGCCUGAUGAAGUUACCCAUUCACAAUGCUGCUUACCAGGUCUGGACAGACCAGGACCCAGCAAUCCCCAGUGUAAAGGACCCCCAGGUGACCUCAACCAAGGUCAAGGGCUGGGAGGAGGAAGAGAACUGGGAACUGUUAAGCCCUCUGAACAGAGAGAGCGGGGCCUUCCCGGUGACCGGGCAGGUGGAGGUGCUCCCGUUUGACUCGAGAGGAGCUGGAUCCAAAGCCUCUCCGCUUCGUAAGAACGGAUAUUGUAGCAACAGCCUGUCGCCUGCGUCCGAUUUGCACAUCGAAGUGGAUGGUUGGUGUCUGCUGCCCAAGCAAGGCCCCAGGGGCCUCUCCGAAGACCAGGCCCGGCUGUGGGUGGCCCAGAUUCUGUUGGCUUUGGAAAGCCUUCAUGAGCAGGGGAUUGUGUGCAGGGACCUGAAUCCCAGGAACUUGCUGCUGGAUAGCUGUGGACGGGUUCGCUUAACAUACUUUGGCCAGUGGGUUGAAGUUCAAUCCCAGACCAGCAGCAAAGCAGUGGAAGACAUGUACUGUGCACCAGAAGUGGGUGGUGUUUGUGAAGUCACGGAAGCUUGUGAUUGGUGGAGCUUGGGUGCUUUGUUGUAUGAGCUCCUUACUGGAAUGUCCUUGAAGCAGUGCCACCCCUCUGGCAUCCUCCCUCACACCCAACUCCACCUCCCAGACUACCUGAGCACCGCAGCAGCCUCCCUGCUGACCGAGCUCCUGCAGUUCGAUGCUGGGUACCGGCUGGGCUCUGGAGGAGGGGGUGUGAGUGACAUCAAGGGCCAUCCGUUUUUCAGCACUAUACCCUGGCAGAAGCUGAGUGGGUAACCUUCAGCAAGAGGACCCACAGGACCCAACACAUUUACACUGAUGGAGGAACACAGAGCCCAAUAGACCUCUAGAAUCCCUGAACUGGCAGCUGGAAAUGCAAUAUAAAAUGUAGCCAGGUCUCUGAGCACCAGGUGCAUGAGUUCAAGCUUAUCAUUAAGUGAUGGUUAAUAGAAUGAGAGAUGCAAAUGGCGGCAUACAAGAAUGUUUCAGAAAUGGAAUCCAACCAAUUUCAGAACGGGGAACAACAGUAUGGUGUUGCAUACUGCCUGCAGUGGGGUGAGGUCAAACACCAAAACGCUACCGUGGAUAUUUGACUAUGUUACAGGCAUUCUAAUUCACUGACUUCCCUCAAAAAUGAGCAUCACUCCCUUCUGUUCAAAAAGAUUUAUCCUCUGCGUAGCAGUGCCUGAAAUUGUGAAAAACAGGAUGCUACCUGGUGAGGAAUCACAUUCCAUUGUUGUGUUUAUUGUACCCUUCUACAUCAACCAGCAACACCAACUUUCAAUACCUUGUGAUCACCCAAUCUGGGAGUUGUUACUCCAGGAAGAUCUAUUUUUACCAGGGACAGCUCAGAUCAUUAAUUAUAUUACAACCUCACAAUAUGAAGUAACGUCAAAGUGUCAAAGAUU